UAAAAUCAAUGCUCGUCUGGUGGCAGCAGUUGGCGCAUGUGUUCUGCCCCCACACCGCUGACUUUCACAGCUGAGGCAACAUGGCGACGACGUGGGCUGCGAUCAUCUCCUUAGGUGUGGUGGCUGUGCUCGCGCCGGGGUCCUCAGCUGCCACUACAACACACGUCGCUCCUCCCACAACAACCCUCACCGCUCUCACCACCAAAAAUGUUACAACCAUAUCAAAUGUCAGUCAAGUAACAUCCAACCAGUCACAACCAAAACCACAGGAAAUUGUUCAACUGUCACGGUAUAAUGAAGAGAAGGUGGCAGAAGCGGAGGCGGUGAGGGGCGACGUGGAGGAUGAACUUCGUACUAGAGAGGUGGUUGUCUACGCCACCACCCCGCCUACACUACACCAUCCACUUGUUGUGAAGGAAGAUGAAGCUGUUGAGGAUGAAGGUGUUAAUCCUGAAAGUGAUAAUGCUGAAAGUGAUAAUGAAGGCGACUAUGACACGGAAGGAAAUGUUGUUUAUAAGAGAGGAGGAAGUGACCGGAUGGAGUAUGAGGAAUUACCGGUACCCAUGGCUCAAAAAGAUUCGUCGUCAACUGUGGGUUACACUCGCUAUGAUGGGACUUACAUCGUUAAGGACGAGUUUGGUGUUGGCUGCGUCAUGGCCUACUUCAAGUCCAAGGCCACCGUUUACUACCUGGACACGAAGGGUGAAUACAAGACUAAUCAAGUGUCCCCUUCGGAUGAUGCCAGAGUGGGUGGCAUCUGUGACCGUGUGGGCCAGGUGUCACAGGUGGACGUGUUGUGGUCCUCAUACAUCCUCUCACUCACCUUCGGUCUGGAUGAUAUCACCGACUCGUGGUUCGUGUCAAGAUUCAGCCUUACUUACAACCUCAGUAACCCAGACUUCGAGGAUGCUGCCCCUGGUGGAGGUGAGGUGACGCUGGUGAGCAGGAAGGAUCGCACCUACUGGCAGACUACCAACAGUAAGUCCUUCCGCUGCCUCCUACUACACGACGUCACCCUGAAAGACAGCUACAACAACUCCGCUACGCUGCACUUUGACGAGGUCCGCGUCCAGGCCUUUUGUGAUAGUGAAAUUUUCAGAACACCCAAGCAUUGCAUCCACCGGGUACACCGAGACGAGAUGGUGCCCGUGACUGUGGGAGCUGUACUGGCAGGCUCCACGCUACUCACCGUUAUAGGCUACGGCAUCUUCAGGUACUUUAAGGUGAAGAAGGUCCAGUAUGACACCAUGCAGUGAUGGCUUCUUCCUCGACACCAGCGCCUCCUGCACGACCCUGCAUCAAUAGGACCUCCUCAUGUGUUGGACUUCUGGAAAACUGACUAAUACCACAGUAAUAGGUAUUGCUAUGGUACCAAAAAUGUAUGUCCUAGACGAAGCCUUAUCGAAUGAAUUUAUUGUGUUUCUGAAGUACUGAAUAUAUUUAACUCGUAAAAUUUUAUGUGAACGAGGAAGAUAAUUUUGUAACACUGAAGGAUGAUGACACUUGUGAAUCUGUGGCUGAAGGCAUGACACAAACUAGGACAACACCUCACUUAAUCUAAACUAACCUGUACUAAGCUAAAUUAACCUGUACUAACCAAGCCUAACUUAAACUACCCAUGUAACGUUAGGGUGGUAAAUCUUCAGUGAAAUAAGCUGGGGUUAAUUUCCGAUGAUGCAAAAUUUGUUUUGGAAAACAUACAGUCUUAGUGAAUACAAUACCUUAGGAUUGUAUUAAAUGAUCAGUGGUUAUAAAGACUUUACCUAUAUGAGAAUUUCUUUAACAACAGCAAAAAAGUAAGUGGGGUUAAGUUGCCCUCUCCCUUACGAACUGCCCCCCCGAGUCCCUCACGAACUGUCUCCCUCACGAGCUCUCUCCCUCAAGUGUUCUCUUCCUCACGAGAUCUCUCCCCCAAGAGCUCUCUCCCUCAGGAGCUCUCUUCCUGACAAGUUCUCUCCCUCGCGAAUUCUGCCAAACAUCUGACCAGUAUGGUGUUAUCUUCUCAGUAUGUGCUCUGUCAGCCUGUCAUACACCUGAACCACAAAGUAGAGCUCUGACUGGCGUCAUCUGUCACACUACCAGCAGCCCUGAGUUGUCAUACUUCAGUGCUGUGUUCUCUGGAACAUAGUCCUCGUCACGCAACACGAUGUUUAGUACAAAACCCCCUAAUGUUUAUGUAUUCCAUCAUUUUCGAAACAUAACUGUGGUAUUGUUCUUAGCCUUGUAGGUUGACUUCUGGAGAACAUAUUUUGAACGUUCAAGAUAUGUUCUUCACAAUUCCACCUGCGAGGUUAAGCCUCGGUGAACAUGGUGAAAUAUACGUAUAUAGUUAGGUUUAAAAUGUGAUGGAUUAUAUAACAGUGUUCUUGAUGUGUAUCAUCCUUAAGGAUCUAUGUAAACACAAACAUCAAGGGAUUUUGUAAACAUCAUGUAUAAUUGAGUGAGAGUCGCCCCGUCAGACUCAACCUUAGUCAUUCUCCUGAAUGAAGUUAACUAUUGUUUAUCUGUAACAUUAGGUAAAGUGGAGGAAUAAUUUAGCAUCGCACAUAACUUUAUACUGCUUUAAGUAUUUUAAACUGAAGUAUUAGCUAAGUAUUGUACAUGUAACAGAGAUACGAUAGAAAGAGAAACUUAAAAGAAUAUACGCUCAUGGAGACUGAUUUCGUUUUAUAUAUUUAUGCGAUAUCUAACAUAUCUUGGUAAAUAUUUGGAAUCAAGAAAUUAUCACCCAGAAAGGUUUUCAAACUUUAGAAUGAUACAAAAUAUAAUUAUAUAAGCAACAGCACUUGAUAAAAUACUAUUUCAGAAAUUUUUGUCCUGAAGAUUUGAACUGGAGAUCGAAACGAAGAUUUUUGGCCCCAAAAUCUACAUAGUUUACAUUACUUAUCAAAAUAAUGUAUUGUAAUAAUGAUCAUUUUUUUUUUUUUUUACUUUGCUUCGUGUUGAUGAACAUUGUGAAUGUGGAAACUUGAAAACAGUUAUUCUCAGUAGCAGCCCAGCUAUCGCUCGAGCCCUUGUUUGUGUAUAAAUAACGCUGGAAUAUUCAUAAGCUAACCUAACCUAACCCAACCCAACCCAACCUAACCAAAUUUAACCUAUCUUUACCCCACCUUCCUUAACGUAACGUAACAUUGCCUUCCAUAACCUAACCUAAAGUAAAUCAACCUAAUCUAUAACCUUUUCUAGUUGACCUACCCUACCCUACCCUACCCUUACUAACCUAGCGUGACCUAGCCUAAUCUAAUUUAACCUACAGUAACCCUACCCUGACCUGGCCUAGACGUUACUUCAGCGUGUAUUGGGGAAGGGAAGGGGGCUGUGUGUAUGUUGGGGUUGUUGAAGCAAUAACACAGUCUUGGUGUUGUAUUAAACUGUGUCAUCUAGACUCGCUCGCUGCAUAUCCGCCAACAUAUCAGUUUAUGCCAUCACAUUUCAAAAGCCAAGUACAAACAAAUAUUAAAAGGCGAAAGUAUUUAUUUUCCUUAAUUGUAAAGUUUGAAAAAUUCUCUGGCAGCGUUCAGAGGACAUUUACUGAAUGACCCAAGGAUUAAAAAGGUUUAUUAUUCAAGAAGCAACAGUUUGAUAUUUUCUUGUUGUAUAUUUGAUUUGAUGAAUAUUUAUCAUACAGUAUAGCAAUAAUGAAUCAACAACGGGGAUGUAUCUGACAGUGUAGCUUAAGUUAAGGAAAAAUACAGUAUAGCAAUAACGAGCCUCAAUGGUAAACUGGCUCUCUCUUGUCAUACACUGUAAAUGGACAACGGGUAUAUACUGACAGCAAUGGCGGCGUGAUUGGCAGAUUCACUCAUGUCGCACGAGUGAAAAUUAUCAUUAUCUGUGAUAGAAAAACAAAAUUCUACCAAAAAUUUAAAUCUUUUUCUCGUGUGUCAUGAGGAAAUCUGUCAAUCAGAUGCCGCCGUUCCAGUCAGUGGACACCCGUUGUCCACGUACAGUGUAUGACAAGAGGAGACCAGUUCACCUCAUCAGAUAACGGUGUGCUCAGAUAAGUGGUCGUUUAUUAGUAAAACAUAAUCUAGAAAUAUGCUGAUAUGAUAUUUAGCCAUUGAAGUUUUCAGACUUUACAGAAUGUUAAACAAAGUGCUUGAGAUCAGAAAUGGUUUCCAUCUUGCGUAGCAGAGAACAAUGUUAGAUUCUGGAGAUAAAAAUGUUGAAUUUGCGUCAUGUUGAUGGUGACUGUAAAUCAAAAGAUGAACGAUAAUACAAUUUAUAAGCUUCACACCAAAUGGGGUGCCACGAUGUAUCAAAAUACUUAUCUAGGCAUGUGUCAAACGUACCAAAGUAUUGAUUUAGGCAUGUGUAAAAAUAGCUAAGGAGCUGUGGUACCCCUGCAUCAAGGUUUUCAGUUUCAUGGUAUUAUUAUUAAAUACAAGCCUAUUCACUGUAUUAGUUUAACAUGCUAAGCUGAGCUGCCACAUUUGUCUUAUCCGGCAAAUUACACACGUACAGGCAUUUCAGGUAUUCUUGUCUCCUGAAUCCAUCAUCCAUUUGAGAAUGAAGGUUAUACCUGUAUAGCAAAAGUUUCACUGUGAAAUAAUGAAAUAUUAAUAUAAGUAAAACAAGAAAAUACCAAGGACUUUUUUUAUUGACUGUAGAAAGAAAAUUACGAUGAACCGACUGACCAGAUUGUGUGUUUUGUAUUGUACCUUCAUCACCAAAUGGGAUGAAUGACUCUCAUGAUCUGAGUUAUGAUGGCGCUAUUUGACUCAGUGUUGCCAACCUAGCGAAAAGUCGCAACCAAUAAGCUGAUUUGAGUAAUUUUAGUAAACUUUGGGUUUAUUUGUAGUAUAAUUUCAGGGAAUUUCAGGAUGAUAUUACUGAAUUUCAUCGAUUUCUGGAUUAAUGUUUAACAAAUUCUACCCAUUUAAUAUUGACUAAUUAAGUUUAAUGAGUUUGGACUUUUAUCUUUGUGACUUUUAUCUCUCAUAUUUUUUUAAGAGUUGUUGGACUAGUGGAAUUACCAACCUUUGUUAUGCACUUAAAGACCUUAGUUGUUGAAGCACAGUACUGUAAUAACAUUAUAACAACAAUCUUAUGCGACUUUUUGGGUUGUAAGAGUUGGCAACAGUGCGCCAUUACGUAAACUUCUGUAAACUGAUGAGCUGCUACCCUCAACCCGCAAAAGACACAACUUGUAAAACAUCAUACAUAGGGACACAACUUAUAAAAUAUCUUUCAUGCAAGUUGUAAAAUACCAUACAUAUAAGUUAUGAUAUACUGUAGGCGAAGUGAAUAUUUUUGUUCUACGUCACUUUUGUUGAAAGUUGUGUUGAUUUCAGUGCCAUGUCCAUUGGCUCUGAGAGGAGUUAGCUGGAUCUAAGAGGAGAGCUGGCUCUGAGAGGAGACAGCUGGUUCUGAGAGGAGGCAGCUGGUUCUUAGAGGAGGCAGUUGGAUCUGAGAAGAGGCAGCUAGCUCUGAGAAGAGGCAGCUGUCUCUGAAAGGAGACAGCUGGCUCUGAGAUGAUUCAUCUGGCCCUGAGAGGAGGCAGCUCAUCAGGUUCACUGUGUAUGUUAUGAGACUUAUUGUGAAAAGCAUCGACUACCAGCGGGGUAAAAUAUAUUAGAAAAAUGCCGCUAUGUAGGACAUUUUUUACUAAUCACUACGCUAUUCCACUGUAAGGGUUGUAAAUGCUGUGAAUUCACGAUAUGUUUUUCUAAUCAUUAAGAAGUGUAUCAGAAAAAAAAAAAGAAUUGUGAGUGUGUUACAAUGUUGUACUGUUGUAGGUAGGCCGUAGCCGCCACCCCCAGAGCUCCUCCUGGUCACCAACAACCACAACCCGACCACCUCCCUUUUUCUGUCCCUCCUACUUCUUGCUCAUUAUCAUCCUGACCUUCUUACUGCUUCCUCAUCAUCACCCUGUCCCUCUCACGACUUAACCCCUAUGACGACUCACCACUUCGAGUAUGACGACUUAACUGUUUGAAUGUGACGAUUUGACCCUUGAGUACUUCAACUUAAUCUCUUGAGUACGACGAUUUAACUCAUUGAGUACAACUACUUAGCCCUUUUAUUACAACACGUUAAAUAGCGGAAUACAAAGACUUAGCCCUUUGAGUGGCCUACUACGAAUCAAUUCCUUGAAUAGGACGACCUAAAUUAUUGGCCUCGCAGCGUUAAAAUAUCUUUCUGAGGGGUUCAUUUUACUCAAGGGGUUAAAGUCAUUUAUACCAGCUCAGCGUUUGUCUGUCAUAUUCCUGAUCAUACUUUAUCUGUCACACACCUUCAACUAUCAACACAAGAGGUGGUGCGUCUCUCACCUCCUGCUCGUAAGUUUGUUGUGUCCAGUUGGAGCUGUACCGAGUCUUCCAUGAGGUGCCGUGUGACCUUGUGAUAUGCCCACUUGUGCCCCCUUGUGUUCACUCAGGUCCAGUGUGCAGGAAGGGUGGAGGAUGUGCGGGUCGGGUACCACCACCUAGCUUAGGGAUCAUUAGUAGAGAUCCUCGUGUUCCUUUCCAUUUAUGUCUUCCAUGAAUGUCAAUUGUGAUAGUCAACAGAUUUCCAUUAUGCUUCUCUUUAUAGUUUAGGCAUAGUGAUAUACGGAAUAAUUUAGAAUUCAUUCGCUUUUUCAGUGGGCCAAUAAAUUACAUUCAGAUGUUGGAACAUCCUAUAUGGAGGACAUUAGCAGCGAGGCUAGUUGAGCAAGAGUCCCAGAGUGGUGGUGGUGUAACCCGGCCCUGCGUCGACAGUGGCUGUUGUUAUUGUCUAAUAAUGGUAGAUAUCCAUUUUUUACACUUUCAAGCACACUGCAACAUUUUGUUUGAGCACUACACACUCAAGUGAGUUUGCAUGUUUGCUGGUACCAAUAUUCUGUCAAGUGCCAUUAUUGUUUUCUUUUUCAGAUAAUCUGCAUGAACCGUAUAACAUUAACUUAAUCUGUGACGCGCAUAUCAUUUAUGUAACCACAGAGAGAACGUAUAGAAGAUUUUAUAUAUAAGGGGUCAUUUCUGGGGUUCAAAGAUAGCAAGCAGCUCUCUUUAAAGCCUUUGUGGAUAUAUUAGACAUUUACAGUGUGUCUGUGUGACAACAUAUCACAAGUGUUAUGUAGAAGGAGAACCUUUAAGGUAACCCUUAGAUGAUAAGAAAAAAUAAUUUAUACUGGGAAGAUGUACAGUAUGUGUCCUAAUUCCACGUGAUUUGUGUAUGUUAAGAAACUUAAGAGUCGCCACAAAGGUCCACAAUUGAUGUGAAAUUAGUGAUUCUUUGCUCCAGAUACACUUUUAACGUCUCCUGUACAUUAUGUUAUCUUUGAACUUUUGAUAUGACCUUUAUGAUCCUCUGCCUGUAGUUGGGGUGGAGCUCCGUGCAGCCUCAGACACAUGGAGUCCUGUGGCAGCUGCAGGAGUCAGUUUACUGCUCCAGCUUUGCAGGUGGUUAUAAUUCCACCAAAACUUAGAAUCUUUAAAACUAAAAGAUAUAAUUUAAGUGAUCAAUGCAGACUGUUGUAGUGCACACUCUACGACUAAUGAAAAAUCAGAUUAAAUUGAGUUUACGUAAUAUAACCCAUGAAUGUAAAUGUUAUUUCAAAAUACGGUUGAUGAACAUCCCAAAACUGUUGUUUAUUGUGUUCCUGACAUGUAAUUUGGGUGUUGAGGAUGAGGAGGAACCACAAAAAAGUGUGUAACGCAAUGCUCGACAUCUUCCUCUGUAACCUGCACUCUUAUAUUUCUGGGUUGUAAUUAAUUUGAUGUUUUCUCCGCAAUAAAUAGUGGUAAUAUAAAA